UUCAAAUUUCAAUAAAAACAUAGGAUUGAGAUAAAUCUAUGAAAGUUGAAUCAAACUGAUGAAACAGGAAUACAUAGUGGUCAACACGCAAUAAAUAUGUGCAAAACUAACGGACCGUUAACAAGAAAAUGAAUCGAUAAAAGUAUAGGAUCAUAAAUGUGAAAAGAAAGUCCACUAGACCGUGCAAAAAGUGUCGAGGGAAGCGUGAAAAACAGAUUUCGAAAUAGGAGACCAAAUUUUUAGCUGAAAGCUAAUGGCGCGCGAUUUGACUCGCAGACAAAAUCAAGAGGGAUGAAGCUGAUGCUGGAAGCUCCCAGUGGCGAACGAUGGCCUCGUGCCUUUGGAUUAGCUUGGAAAACGCGGAUGAAUUAAGAUGAACGACGGGGCCGCGGUGUAGCAUAGCGAGGAUGGCAGUAUACCGCGGCAUGGUGAUACUUCUUCUCGGGCUGCUUUGUCUUUUGCGCGCUGAGUCGUCGUUGAGGGUUGCCGACGAGGCCGAACACGUGCAACAGUACCAGCAUCCAGGAGGCGGUCUCAGGCUGAUCGAUGGGGCCACCGCCAGCGUCGGAGAGAAGCGGGAGGACAUUGGGGCCGAGAAGCGCGCGCAGCAGCCCAGAACGGUGGGGAUGCCAACGGCGAUGAGCGCCAAGGCUCACUUCGCCGAAGAGGGUAGCGAGAACGUGACUGCCCUUAUAGGACAGCCGGCAGUUCUUUUCUGCAAGGUUAAGAAUCUUGGGAAUAGAACGGUGUCCUGGAUAAGAAAGAGGGAUUUGCAUAUCUUGACGUCUAUGGAGCUCACGUACACGGGCGACGGGAGAUUCACCGUUAUCGGCAAUACGGAGAGCUCGGACGAUUGGAAUCUGCGAAUAGGUGACGUGCAACCAAGGGACGAAGGUAUAUACGAGUGCCAAGUCAACACCGAGCCGAAAAUACACAGAGCUGUCUAUCUGCGAGUCCUAGACGUCCAGGCUGAAAUUUUGGGGACGGAGGAGGUUUACGUGAGAAAGGGCAGUACGAUCAGCCUGACCUGUACGGUGAACUCGCAGGGCGUGCCGCCGAGCAACGUGACUUGGUACCAUGCCGGUACGAUCAUCGACUUUGACGGCCCGAGGGGUGGCGUGUCACUGGAGACGGAGAAGUCCAAGGGUGGCACAACGAGCAAACUCCUCAUAACGCGCGCCUCCUUAGGUGACAGCGGCAAUUAUAGCUGCGUAUCGAGCAAAGCCGCCCGCGCCACCGUCGUCGUUCACGUGCUGAACGAUGAGCAUCCAGCGGCGAUGCAGCAUGGCGGGGCUGCCUCAGUGCGAUUCGCAACCUAUCCUGGAGGGCUGUUACUGCCGAUGCUCCUAUUGUUCUUGCCGCUUAUUGUCGGCAUCGUGACGCCCUGGGUCGGGGGAAGCCCAAUCAUUGUCUUGGCGAAGACCUUGUCGAGGUGAACGAUGCACCCCGUGGAUUCCCGUCGAAGGCUAGGACGUUGACGGAGACGACAACGGCGAUUAUUGCAACUUGAGCCUCACAUCGCACCCGUCAAAUGGCAUGCAAA